AUGUCGGCGACACUGAUUUCGAAUGCUCGUAUCUUUGACGGUGUCUCGGUCGUAUCAGAAUGCGGCCAUGUCUUGAUUGAGUCCGGUCGCAUAUCUCAAAUCUCCCUUCGAAAGCCUCUUCCGCCGCCAGCAGACUGUGCUAUUGUUGAUGCCAGUGGCUGUACAUUACUACCUGGGUUGAUUGAUGCACAUGUGCACGUCUUUCGCGACGUUGAGCUCCUCAAAACUGCUAUCCAGUAUGGUGUCACGACAGUUCUUGACAUGCACAAUGAGCGAGAAUGGUUUAAAGAGAUCAAUGCGAUCACUUUACAGCGUAACGAUGUAGCUGAUGUCAAGUCCUGCUGCUAUGGCGCAACAAUCAAGAAUGGCUGGCCAUCAGCUAUCGUGAGGCUUGUCUCACAGGAAGAAAACCUGGAGGAUCGCAUCUCCAAAUGGCCCGGUCUCACAGACAAGAAAUCCGUCGAGGAGUUCAUUGCUCAGAAUAAAGCUGCUGGAGCUGCCUUCACUAAAUUGAUGCAAGAGGAUGGUCAUACCAUGGUCUUGCCUUUCCCGGAGCGGCCUGUCCCAACUCCAUCGCUGGAAUUGCAGAAAACUAUUGUCGAUGUAUCACACGAGAACGGUAUGCUGACUGUUGCCCAUGCCCUCACCAACCAUUCAACUCUCCAUGUUCUACGCGCGGGUGUCGAUGGGCUAGCCCAUGCAUCUAUCGACCCAAUCAACGAGGAGAUUGUCCAAGCUUUCAAGAAAAACAACGCUUUCGUCAUUCCCACACUGGCGAUUCAUGCAUCCUCCAGUGGUGAAGAGCAGGAAACUCGGGAUAAAUUCGCAAGUAGCCUUCAGGGCGCGGAGAAGGAGCAUCUACAGGGAUGUCUCCACAUCACAUCGGAUAAGUUCUCUAUCAAGAAUGUCUAUGAGCAGGUCCACACUCUCAAGGAAGCGGGAAUCGACGUCCUCUGUGGAACCGAUACUUCUUCUGAUCUCGCAGGUACUCGAGCCGGUCUCUCAGUGCACCAAGAGCUUUGGAUGUAUGUCAACCGGUGUCGUUUCACACCCCUUGAGGCUCUUGUUUCGGCAACAUCCAAGAUUUCAGAUCGGUUCGGUUUCUCGGACCGUGGUAAGAUCCAGGAAGGUCGACUCGCCGAUGUUAUACUCGUGGCAGGGGAUCCGACAGAAUCUAUUGAGGCUCUUAGUGACAUCAAAACUGUCUGGAGAAACGGUGAAGCCGUAGUGAAAAACUGA